AAGCAACUCAUGCCAUGCUUUGAACCGCCCACUUCCACACGUGUGAUGCUGUUCAGGAACAACGCUAAAUCAUAAAGUUAAACUCAUUUGGUAUUUCAUGGAUUAUAAACUGCCUGAACAAAAUGACGUUGAGCGUUAUGAGGAAUUACGACGCAAGAAUUUGGAGGAUAAUAAAAUUAUGUUGGCCAAGCUGAUGUCUGAUGUUGCUGGUCAUCUGACUGUAAAACCAGUUAUCCCACCUAAGAGAAAAAAGUCUAGUAAGUUCACAGACACUGAUGGUGUCAUACGACGCAAUCCUUCCAGAUCUGCUAGGUAUGCUCCAGGUCGUUUUGAUCUUCCUCACACUCGCUCUAGAAGUGGGUCAGUGUCAUCAUCUAUUUCGUCAGCAUCAUCUUCAUCUACCUCAACUCCCCUCUCUACACCUGAGAAACUGGUGGUAAAGUUUGGUUUCUUUCGGAAACUUUCUUCUUCAGAGACAUCCUUGUCUGAUGGUCCAAUCAUCACAAAUAACGAUGAGGCACUGGAAGAUGAUGAUGACUUUCCUCUUCCACAUCAAACUCGAAAACCCAGGACAAGACAUGAAGUGACAUCGGUAGAUGAUAUUACUGAAACAGAUCUUGAUAUGGUGGCUGUUGUCGUGUCAGACAAGAGAUAUGAUAGCAUUUAUGGUACAACUUGCCACCAGUGUCGUCAAAAAACAAAUGAUAUGAAGACUAUAUGCAGGUCAACUAAUUGUGCAGGUGUACGAGGGCAGUUUUGUGGUCCAUGUCUUAGAAAUCGUUAUGGGGAAGAUGCUAAAGCAGCUUUAAAAGACCCUGACUGGAUAUGCCCCCCAUGUAGGGGCAUCUGCAAUUGCAGUUUUUGUCGUAGAAAAAAAGGACAUUCAUCUACAGGCAUUCUUAUUCACAUAGCAAGAGAAAAAGGUUAUCCUGAUGUCAAUUCAUAUCUUCAUGGGUGUAAAAAGGACAGUUAACUUGUUUCUUCUAUGGAGGAUUAUGUAUUAGCCCAUCCCAUCAAGUACUUGUUACAAUUUGUUUCUGAACUGUGUGAUGAAAAUUCACAUUUUUAUCUGCUUUUGGUGAUUUAAGUCCACAGUAUUUUGUUGUUAUUAAUUUGUAUUAUCUGUCUGUAUUGGUUGUCCAUAAAUGGCAUCAGACACCUUGAGGAGAAAUAUGAUGUAGCAUUCAUUUUGUAUAUUUAAAGACAAGGGUGAUACAAAUCUUGUUAAUUUUGUGGCUUCUAUGGGGUGGACAGAACGAGGGUAGUGUUUUUGUGGUUUGAGCUAAGUAAAAAUCUAUUAGUGUGGAGUCAUUUAUGGGCAACCGCUUUUUUAAUGUAUUUAAAUUAUAAAACAGGUGAUAAAAAUUUGGGGAUGUUCCAUCCUUUAUGAGUAUAUAUAGUUUUAUUAUUAAGGAGAUGUGCAUAAUUUUUUUUUUAAUUGCAACUAACGUUUUUUUACCCAACAAAAUGAUGAAAUAGUUAACAUUUUAGUUGCUGUGUCAGGCAUGUUUAGUCAAUUUUUAAAAUCCAAAAAAUCCUCUGGAUUUUAAUUUAACAUUUAAUAAUAUUAAUUUAAAACUUUGAUAAGAGGGAAUGGUUUAAAUUCAUUAUCUCAACAAAUAUGAUCCGUCAGAUUUUUUAUUCAUUUAUAAAGGUCAGUAGUUUAAAGCUCCUUUAGAAAAGUUAAUAAUGUUCAAAGUUGGUUUCUGGAAAGCUGCUAGUUUCAAUUAUGCAAUAUUAAUUGUUCCAAGUUCACAAAUGACUGAUUAGCAUUGGGAUGGGUAGGAAAACAAUACUAAUGAAUAUCAUUCUAUAAAUGAAAAACCAGCUUUCUAGAAAAAAUACAAUGUACAUAGCAACAUACAAUAAAAUAAACUGUUAAUUCGUUAAAAUGGAUAUUUUUCCAUUACAGAAUUAUUACCUUUAAAAUUGAAAGUUCAGAUUUUAAUCAAUUGCACAUCUCCAUUACUAUACAUUAAUGAUUUAUUUUCCUGUAAAGUUCCUUUUUCUGUCACACUUCUAAGGACCUUUGUAUUGAACGACUUUGCUGUCACUUUAAUUGUUGAAGGCUUGAGUUACUUGUUUAAGAAAUGUAAUGGAUCUAUUAUAUUGUUACGUAGUUGAGAGUACUAGAAUAUUAUAAAUAUUUAUAUUAUCUUUUCAUCGUAACCCAUCAUUCAUUUUUAAACAUGAUUACCAGCAAACAGAAGUGCAUUUUUUAAUGUUCAUGGAUGGCAUUUUUUUUUUAAACACAGAUGUUUUUAAUUGUUGCGCUAAAGUAAUUAACAAUGCAAUCCUUUUUAAAAAUUGAAUUUUAUAUUGGUUGUCAGUUUAAUUUACUGUCCAAUAAAUGCUGUUGUAAUAGAAAAGGUUUAAAUGUAAUUAUAUUAUGAAUGAAUGUUUUAUAUGUAGGUACAAAUAUGAUUUUUAGCAUGAUCCAAUCUGAUGCAGGUUUUUAUUUUGGCCUAUUUAAAAUGUCAGAAUUAACUAUUUUACUAUUCAUUCUGGAUGUUAAUUUUUACAAUAUGGCAGCAUGAAAAUGGUUCUUUGAUUGCUCAUUUACUUUUUUGCUUGAACUGAAUUUUUUCAUUUUAAAAGUAGAAUAUUUCGACCAACUAAAACCAAUUAUUAGUGUGGCAUUAGUCUUGAAUGUUACGCAUGUCAUAUUUCUCAAUUUAUAUGUGCAAUUUUUGUGAUAACUCAAUGUUGGUUUAUUUUUUUAAUUAAAAUAAAAUGUAUCAAUUGCCUUUUUUAAUUAAAAAAGGAUUAUGUUCAUUGUUGGAAAAAAAAUGGCAAAUGAACUUGUCU